UCAAGGCUCAGAUUGCUAAGGACCUACAAGACUAAACCUGCUGCUGUCACAAGCGCAGAACCCUGCAAGCCUUCAGCAUUGUCAGUGGAGUGAAGCGGAAAUACUGCAGGUAGAAGAAGAGGAACCAACCAAAUCAGGACUUACCCAACGCCAUGAAGUUACUCAUCGUUAUCUCACUUACGCUGGGAGCGCUUGUCACAAGCCUUGAAUCUGCUGUGACCUGGCAGCAGCAGUACAAGCUAUCGAGCAAAUAUAAACCAAGACACCAGGAUUGUAACUGUUUAAAUGGAGGAACCUGCAUUUCCUAUCAACUCUUUUCCCGGAUUAACCGUUGCUUAUGUCCAAAAGAAUACACUGGACAGCACUGUGAAAUAGACUUCGAAAGCCGAUGCUACACCGACGAUGGUCAGGACUACAGAGGGACUGUGUCAAAGAAUGAGAGGAAUGAAGAAUGCUUGUCGUGGGACUCCCCUUCGCUAAGUAGGAGGUUUUACCAUGCCGGCAUAGAGAAUGCCAUGAAGCUUGGCUUGGGAAAACACAACUACUGCAGAAACCCAAACGGAAAAGCUAAGCCCUGGUGUUACAUUAAGAGGGGUUUUCGGACUUUGGAAACAGACUGUGAUAUACAGCAGUGUCGUGAAGAAACAGAACCCAACUGUGGCCAAAGGAGCUCCAGCAAGUAUUUCAAGAUUGUGAGCGGAAACAUUGCGGCUAUUGAGUCUCAGCCUUGGAUAGCCACCAUUUUCCAUUACUCAAAGAGAACUGAGAAGGACUUAUUCAUCUGUGGGGGCAGCCUCAUUGACCCUUGCUGGGUGCUCACUGCUGCACACUGCUUCUCCUCAGGGGAAAAGGACCCAUCAGGCUUCAAAGUUGUUCUUGGAAAGUCCAAUCUGAAUACUACUGAUGACAGAGAACAAACUUUUCAGGUGGAAAAAAUCAUCAUUCAUGAGAGCUAUUCAGAUGAAACAGGCACCUACAACAAUGAUAUUGCUCUCAUGAAAAUCAAGUCUCCUUCCGGAUACUGUGCAGUAGAAUCUGAUUUUGUCAAAACUAUCUGUUUGCCAUCUGAAAACCUAGUGCUGAGACCCAACUUCCAGUGUGAAGUUUCUGGCUACGGGAAAGAAGACAAUUGGGGCAUUUACUACUCCCAAAUACUAAAGACAGCCAAUGUGAACUUAAUAUCACAGUCGUUGUGCCAGGAUAAAUACUAUGACCCAACGAAGGUUAAUGACAACAUGAUCUGUGCUGGAGAUGUGCAGUGGAAGACUGAUGCAUGCAAGGGAGACUCCGGAGGACCGCUGGCCUGUGAGCACAACAGCAGGAUGUCUCUGUAUGGGAUUGUCAGCUGGGGAGAAGGCUGUGCUAAAGAAAACAGGCCCGGCGUUUACACCAAAGUCACUCGAUACCUUUCUUGGAUUGAGUCCAACAUGAAGGAAGUCAGUUUCAAAAGCCGCAGCCUCCCAAAAUGGAAGUGACCUGUCCUCGAAGCAUGGACCCGAAGCAGGAAGUCUAGCACUCCCCUGAGCCUCCAAUCGCAGUACACUGAAACCCUGCAUAAUAGUUUGGAGUUGAUCUGUUGAGUGUUUCUCUCUUGGGGCUUCAUUUUAAAAGCCUGUGUGGUUUGUUUUCAACAUUCAUAGCGGUGUAUCUGUAACCCGUAUCUCCACUGGCCACUGCAUGGAGUGCCUCAAAGCCAUUCCAUGGGAGACUCAGAUUUAACACUGAAAUGCGUAUUUCCAAUUGAGAUACUGUAUGUAUCAAGUUCUAUAUGUAUCAAGUUAUCUCCCGCCUUUAUAUCUGAAUCACUAUUAGUCACUUUUACAACUACCUACACAAGGUUUAUCAACCAUCCAGGGAACAGUUUUAAAUUUUAACUUUUUGUUAAAAGUUUGUAUUUUGUAAAUAUUUGACCUAAACAAAUAAUUGUUUUAUUUUAACAUUUUGAGGUAUGUCAGGAUACAAACCACAAGGCAACCUAUGCUGUGAGCACAAGAAAGAGGAUUUUUAUCAAUGCAUUGCUAUGGGCUGACUGCAGCUCUGGUUAGACAAAAGAAAAACAGAACCCCGCAGGCACUGCUCCACUUUGAACGACGGUAGCGAAGCAAUUAGUGCAGAGUCCUGUACUCCUGAGACAUGCUGAAUGAUCAUGAAUGUAAAUGGGAGUCGUGCCUCCAGAAAGAGCCAUAAUAGAAGGGCACUUUAUUGUAAUGAGGUUAGUUAGGGGCUGAGCUGCCAGAAAGCAAGUCGUCAUAAAUGACCCAAGUUGACGUCCAAACCAUCUCUCAGGAAUAUUUUGGUCUGAUCCUGCCAACUCAGCAUGUCUAUUAUGACUGAUGGCAAGAUUUAAGGAUUCAAAAAUCAAUCUUUAAAUCUGCUGCCAUACAUGCCCAUUAUAAGUUGAAUGGGUGUAAAUACCAGAACGUGGUCUUACGUCACUGUUUGGGAGCUACCUCUUUUCCCAAGAUUCAUAGUACACCAGUGCAUUUUAAUUUUUAACUAGCUUUUGUUUUAUGGACACAAUAUUUGUAUGAGGGCUGGAACCUCUACUGUUAUUUAAUGAUUUUAUUUUGUUUAAUUUAUUGUUUGUAUUUUGGGGGUAAAAACUGUCAAUAAAAAUUGCUA